AUGCGGCGCCGCUCCCGGGAACCAGGAAUAACAAUGAGGAGGCAAGUACUGUUUCCCUUCUUGACUUCUUUGUUCUGCUGCGUGCUUUCCGAGCAGGUCCGGUACUCCAUUCCAGAGGAAAUGGAGAAAGGGUCAGUGGUGGGGAAUCUCGCCAAAGAUCUGGGGAUCGGUAUCCGGGUCUUGCCCGCCAGGAAAAUGCGAGUUACUGGGGAGAAGAAAUACUUUUCCGUGGACGCAGACAAUGGGGAUCUGCUGGUCAGUGACAGAAUAGAUCGAGAAUACAUAUGCAGAAAAAAUCAGGCCUGUGAAUUACAGUUGGAAAUAGUAGUGGAAAAUCCCUUAAAUAUCUUCCAUGUGGUUGUGACGAUUCAGGAUAUUAACGAUCACGAGCCUCGAUUCAGUCGAAAUGAAUUAAAUUUAGAAAUCAGUGAGUCUAUACUGCCAGGUACUAGAUUAAUUCUUGAAUCAGCUGACGAUCCAGAUGUUGGGCUCAAUUCUUUGCAAUUUUACCAGAUAAAUUCGAACCCCUAUUUUUCUCUGAGAGUGAAAGAUAAUCCUGAUGGCAGUAAAUAUCCAGAAAUGGUGGUGGAGAAAUCCCUCGAUCGAGAAAUCCAGAAUUCCCUCCACUUAAUCUUGACCGCAGUUGAUGGGGGCGAUCCCAUCCGAAGUAGCACCGCUCAGAUCAGGAUCAGAGUCACGGAUGCUAAUGACAAUCCGCCUGUCUUCAGUCAAGAUGUCUACCGAGCAAGCGUGUCAGAGAACUUGCCCUCUGGAUCCUCGGUACUGCAAGUGACAGCCACGGAUAAAGACGAGGGGGUUAAUGCAGAGAUCACCUUCUCCUUCACAAGCAUCACCAAAGAUGCUUCACACAAGUUUAGACUGGAUCCAACCACUGGAGAAAUCGUUAUUAAGGAGACUCUAGACUUUGAAGAAACAAAGGUAUAUACCAUGGAUGUAGAAGCCAAGGAUGCUGGCUCUCUGGUUGCACAAUGCAAAGUUGUUUUAGAAGUUAGGGAUGAAAAUGACAAUGUUCCCGAAAUAACAUUAACGUCUCUGUCUAAUCCUAUCCCUGAGGACACAGUGCCUGGGACAGUAAUUGCUCUGAUUAAAACAGAUGAUAGAGAUACUGGAGAGAAUGGAGAGAUUGUGUGUGGUAUAGAAGGAACUGUUCCCUUUAAAAUAGAGUCCUCUUCCAGGAAUUACUACAAGUUAUUGACAGAUGGGGCCCUGGAUCGGGAGCAAACCUUGGAAUAUAACAUUACUGUGACAGCCACAGACAAGGGGAAUCCUGCUCUGUCCACCAGCAAAAUAAUUUCCCUGUACAUUGCAGACAUCAAUGACAAUCCCCCCACUUUCCUCCAAACCUCAUAUGUCAUUUAUGUACCUGAGAACAAUCCCUCUGGAGCCUCCAUAGCCCAAAUCUCAGCCACUGACCCAGACCUGGAAAAAAAUGGCCAGGUGUCCUACUCCAUCCUCAGUAGCAACUUACCCUUCCUGCCUCUAUCCUCCUAUGUGUCUGUUAAUGGUAACAGUGGGGACUUAUUUGCUCAGCGUUCCUUUGACUAUGAGCAAGUUCAUACCUUUGAACUGAUUGUGCAGGCCCAGGAUGCAGGUUCUCCCUCCCUCUGUACCAAUGUCACCUUACAAGUGUUUAUCUUGGACAGCAAUGACAAUGCCCCAAACAUCCUCUAUCCACCACUGGACCCCGACAGCUCAGCCCUCUUUGACAUGAUCCCUCGAUCAGCUGAGCCUGGCCAUCUGGUCACCAAGGUGGUGGCAGUGGACGCAGACUCUGGACACAACGCCUGGUUGGCCUACCGCGUGCUGCAGGCCACGGAUCCCGGGCUCUUCAGCCUGGGGCUGCGCACAGGCGAGAUCAGGACUGCGAGGGCUUUGACUGACCGAGAUGCAGCUCGGCACCGCCUUCUGGUCUCCGUGCAGGAUGGAGGCCAGCCCCCUCUGUCGGCCACUGUGGCUCUGCAUCUAGUCUUUGCAGACAGUCUGCAGGAGGCAUUGCCUGAGAUGAAGGAGGAGCGUACAACCACCUCCGAAUCCCAAUCUGAGAUACAGUUUUACUUGGUUGUGGCUCUGGCCCUAAUAUCUCUACUAUUUCUCGUGACUGUGACAUUGGCCAUUGCUCUGCACCUUCAGAGAUCCUCUGAUCCUAGAGUAUGGAGCUGUUUCCGGGGGGAUCUUCACUCUAAAUCUGAACUCAAUAUCCCCCCAAACUACAGUGAAGGAACUUUGCCUUAUUCCUAUAAUCUGUGUGUAGCACCAGAUCCAGGACAUACAGAAUUUAAUUACCUGAAAUCAACUGACCAGUGUCCUCCAGAACUUUUCAACACAAAUAUUGCUUCCAUGUUAUUCAAGAAUAACUUAAAUGGUGAUGUCAAUUGUCAUUCCAACACUCUUGGACAGACCACAGAACCGAAAGGCUCAUUGCUGAUUUUCACGGAGACCCAGAUCAAGAGCCCCAGAGCCUUUCGGACUCCUUCAGUGAAUGUCAAUAUUCCCGAUGUCUUGAGGAAAAACAAGAAUCAGUUCAGAGAUAACCGGAAAAAAUAG